CCUGAAAUCUUAGUGCCAUUUAUUUCUAACAACAGACACAGCCAAAGAUUCCAAGCCACGAACUACAAGCAUGUCGUUCUAUUCUAUUCUCCUGCACAACUAUUGUUUUUUAUUUGAAAAAAAAAAAGGCAUAGAAGAAAGCAAUGACUAAUAUUAAAUUUCAAGUUUCGUAGAGCGGAACAUGUUUCAUGCUUAUAUAUAUAAAAAGCCAACUAAGUCAGGAGUUACUUCAGUCUUUAGCCAAUUCAUGUGAUCUUCUUCUUCUUUCCUUUUUCUAGGUUCAAACAAGCAUAUUAGAGGCGAAAGAGCCUGCCAAGUCCAUUUUCUCUCGUAUGGUUUUUUUUUUUUAUUGUCUUUUUAGGAUCAUAGAUUGUUGAAAAUCUCAUUACAACUUAAAGAAAUUAAAAAUAAUCGAUUAGUGAAUGAAAUGGAAGGUGGUGGUUUGGAUAAUGUAAAAACCCCAUUGUUGUUAACUGAUGAAAGUGGGAAUCCCAUUGAGAAUGGGAGGGUGCACAAGAGUAACUCUGUUACUUCUCUUAAGUGUGAGUUUUUCUCCAAAUUGCCUGAAAAGGUUCGUUCUGGGCUUGAUCCUGAGGCCCUUCUUAAUCUUGACCUUACUAAAACCACUGGUUUAUUAGAAGGGGAGAGAGAGUAUUAUGAAAAGCAAUUUGCCACACUCAGAUCCUUUGAGGAAGUUGACUCUCUACAAUCAUCCCAUGACAACAAUGAAGAGCAAGAUCUCCAAGAGCAAGACAAACAUGAGAGAGCAAUGAACAUUUCCAAUUGGGCAAAUGUUUUUCUGCUAGCUUUCAAGAUAUAUGCUACAGUGAAGAGUGGAUCCAUAGCAAUUGCUGCAUCAACACUGGAUUCUUUGUUAGAUCUUAUGGCAGGUGGUAUACUUUGGUUUACGCACUUGUCGAUGAAGAACAUAAAUAUUUACCAGUAUCCUAUUGGAAAACUGAGAGUUCAACCAGUUGGAAUUGUUAUCUUUGCAGCUGUCAUGGCAACUCUUGGCUUCCAGGUGCUCGUUCAGGCUUUACAACAACUUAUCAAGGACAUACCAUCCGAGAAAAUGACUUCGGAACAGUUGUUGUGGCUAUAUACAAUCAUGCUUACAGCUACUGGAGUAAAACUUGUCCUUUGGAUAUAUUGCCGAAGCUCGGGCAACAAAAUCGUCCGCGCCUACGCAAAGGAUCAUUACUUUGAUGUGGUAACAAAUGUAAUCGGUUUGGUUGCUGCUGUUCUUGGUGACAAAUUCUACUGGUGGAUUGAUCCAGUUGGUGCCAUUAUUCUUGCAAUCUAUACUAUUAUGAACUGGUCUGGCACUGUGCUGGAAAAUGCAGUUUCUCUAGUUGGCCAAUCAGCUCCACCAGAAGUCUUGCAGAAACUCACAUACCUUGUUCUAAGGCAUCAUCCUCUAAUCAGACGUGUUGACACAGUCCGUGCAUACACCUUUGGUGUUCUGUACUUUGUAGAGGUUGACAUUGAACUUCCAGAAGACUUGCCAUUAAUAGAAGCUCAUGCAAUUGGUGAAUCACUACAAAUAAAGAUUGAAGAACUCCCUGAAGUAGAGAGAGCAUUUGUUCAUCUUGACUAUGAAUGUGACCACAAGCCAGAACACUCUAUUCUAGUCAGACUCCCCAAUAGCCAGCCUUAAUCUAAACCUUUUCAUGUAAAUUUCCCUCUUAUCCUUUUUUUCUUUUCCUUUUCAAUAGUUAGCAGUAUAAUGGAGAAGAAAAUUUUCUUUAGAUUAGCAAGGAAGAGGGUUUGUAUGAGACCAAAGUAGUUGCCUUCCAAGGAUUUUGAAGAAAAUAUGAAGAUCAAUAAGUUAGACUUAAUAAGUUUCCUAUU